AUCAAAUAACACUUCAAAACUGGCAUACAUCCGCGUCACGGUACUACUGCCGUCUGCAGCUUUCACCCGUUGAAACGUUCACCCAAGUACACAGAAAAUCGAUCGACCUGCCAGACAUGGGUCUCGGGAUGUUCCAGAGGACGGCUUUCGUUGCCUGCAAAAUGUACACAUCUUCUCCAGUGAAGUUGAUCAAUCUGGCGCAACGUUACCAUUGUUCCAGUGCAUUCACACGGCCCGCAAGUAGCGGCACGUUGCAGGUGCCAUGGCGAUACUGCAACGAUCGAUAUUCGACCAAGUAUCUUGCACCAUCCAGUAUCCCUUUCAAAGGUGUUCCUGUGAGAACCUUAUCGAUUGGCGAUUGGCGGUACCUGCAGAAACGUGAUCUUCCGAACGAACAAGAAAGCAUUGCAUCACCGUCAUCAGCUCCGGUGCCGCCGGAAAAGCUUGGCCUUUUUGCACGGUUCAAAAAGAUGUACAAGGAGUACUGGUACGUACUCGUACCAGUGCAUUGUCUAACAUCCGUUAUGUGGUUCGGCGGUUUCUACUAUGCGUCGACCAGUGGCGUUGAUGUGAUCGCAAUCCUCGAAUCGAUGGGUGUAUCCGAGACGCUGAUCAAUCCGGUGCGGGACUCUAGCCUCGGGCACAUCGCCAUCGCUUAUUUGUUGUAUAAAAUAGCGACACCAGCACGGUACACGGUGACAUUAGGUGGAACAACCGUUUCUAUCAAGUAUCUGGAACAGUGGGGAUACAUCAAGCCCAUGCCGAACAAGGCCCAGCUGGUGCAGAUGUAUAAGGACAAGAAGGAGAACAUACAGGAAAGGAUAGCCGAAAAGCGACUCGAUUUCCAGGAGAAAAUGGCAGAGAAGAAGCUCGACAUUCAGGAGAAAAUUGCCGUUAAGAAACAGGAUUUUCAAGACCGAAAGCAGCAAUUGACGGAGAAGAAAAAUACGCUCAUGAAUGACAUAAAAUCGAUCGACACCAGCGUGAAAUCGCCUACGGAACCGGCAGCUAGUAGUGUCACGGAAAGCAAAUAGCAUAGCCUAAAAGGAAAAAGGUGAUGGUUGCCUUCGGUAAUAUAGUUGUUUGUUUUUUUAUUUCCAUUUCCCAAGGAAAUUUGGAUACGUUAGGGCGACUAAGCUAACCUCCCGGCAUGUUGCACUGUCUUGCGUCCGGGGAUCAUGUGCUAAUACACAAUUUGUUAAUGUUCUGUACACCAAUUUGCUAUAACUGAUCCGCAAUAUAAAAUACACUCCGAACAGGCUCUGUUUCGGCAUAAACACAAGUAGAAAACUAAACGCAGGUUUACUGUUGUUGGUAGUCAGAUGAAUUUUUCUUUUUCCUAAGCGCAACACGAGAUCGGGCAACUAAUCCAUAUUGAAGAAAACAAACACUGGUACUUCGCCGUCGGCGUUAUUAUAACGUACGGAUUUUAGUAUGAUCUAUUGUUCAGUGGUUAAAGGUGGGGGUACGGGAGGUUAGGUGGUAAUACAGAGAGACGAACGGUGGAAGUAUGGAAGGGAUUACCAGCAGCCGCUCCCGACCUAGCGCAUCCGGUAAUGGUUCGUCUCGUCCACCUGCGAUAGUUCGCCCUUGAAGUUUAGAUCGACGGUGAAGUCAAGAUCUCGGUUGUUGCGCACGUUCGGCUUCAUCUUGAACGUGCCGUAAAUUUCCUCGCCCUUCUUGACCGUCAAGUAGUCGUCGAAGUAGAA